AUGCUCUAUGAGAUUAUAAUAAUCAUAGAGAUGAAAUUGCAAAGUGUACAAAAAAUCAAAAAGUUUAUACAAAUCUAUGGCAAUCUACUGUCUUGUAAAACAACUGGUGCACUCAGAAAAGUUGAUGAGAAAUCUAAAAGACACUUGAAAAGAAUUAUACAAAAUUCAUUUAUCUUAUAUAAUCAAGCAAGUAUGAUAUGGUCUGCCGAGUCUUGUUUCUGCUUGAAAAACCUUGAUGAAUCAAAGUGCUUCUUUCAAAAAGUCGGAGAAAGAUAUGCAGAAAAAUAUUUUAUUGCUGCAUUUAAGUGGGGUAAUGGUAGUACUUUCAUCUUUAGCUCACAACUAUCCCAAAAUAUCAUAAAAGAUUUUCCAUCCUUCUUGAAAAUGGAGCAAGCUGUCACACAGAGACAUAUGCUUAAUAGUGGAAGAGAACUCAUCAUAUUAGUAGAUUUGACUUCUAGCCUUUCUAAAGUCUGA